AUGGCAUUUCAGACCAGGGAGUCGCAUCGAGGACUUCGACAUUGGUCGGGCCUGCUCCGGACUUGCUCAGACCUCUGGCGUCCCCAGCAGCCUAUUCAGCUGGACAAGCUCUUCGAAGAUGAGAUCCGGAGAUCAAACGUCCCAUUCCAUGACUUCUCCUUCCUCGGCGACCUAGUGGACGGCGAUUCUGAGUCUUUGGACGACCCACAAGCUCCAUGCCUGCCCGAAACAGCUAUCGCGCCACCGGUAGCUGGCCUUGACGACCACGUUCAAACUCUCCGGUACACGCCCACAUCCAUCCCUCGCUUCUCUCAGGAGGAUGAUAAGCUUUCAGGAUCUGAUUCUAGCGGUGCCACACUCGCAAGUGCCAUCCAUACUUCCAAAACCAAACACCCUCAGCUCUCGAGUGACCUCAACUUCGAAUGGCUUGUCCAGGCCGCAAAACAUAUCGCCAAAUUCGAUUCAGACGCUACAAUGGAGCUCUCAUCAGGACAAUUACCUCCAAAAUCUCUUGCGGCGAUUUGCGUGAACGCCUACUUCGAUAAUGUCCAAGCGUAUUACCCGAUCUUGCGCGAACAUCAGUUCCAAGCCAGCUGGGAGUCAUUGUAUGAUCGAAACCAGAAGACUCAUCGGGUGGCACAAUACAUACUUUUCUGUCUGGUCCUCACGAUUGGCGCUGCCAGCGAUGGGAUGAAAUCUGCGUUUUCAUCGCCAUUGGAUCAAUUCUCCUGUCAUCUGUUUCAAAAGGCCUGCGCACUGGUCUACGUUCCCAUGACCGAAAGUUCCCUGGUGGCAUUGCAGGUGAUGCUGCUUCUGGUGCGUGCUUCUUGA